UUGCUGCCGGUCGCCAUUCCCGAAGCCGGUUGUCGUCGGAUCGUAGUGUGCGUUGCUUUCCCGCGAGCGAUCGCAGCCGAACAGACGUGGAAUGAAGGAACAGUAAAUAAAUUCCUGUAAAUUUACACACGCACACACAUCACUGCAAAAGCGCUCGGCGUGUGAUCGUGAAAGAGGAAAAUAUUUUCACCUGAAGUGCCGAAGAGAGUUUGGAUGGAAGUGUAAAAAGUCGUCGGCGAAAAGAGAAAGAUGAGCGGAACAAGAUCGCCGACGUAAGUCGGUGACGAAGCAUAUACGUGUCAGGUUGAAGUGAAAACAUCAUCUUAAUAAAGAGAAGCAAAGCGAAAAAAUCAAGUGUGGAAAAUCCGGGAAGAAAUCAAAUCGAGGAAAAAUCUUCUGAGUGAAAACGAGAGAAAAGAGUGAACGAUCGCGAUCGCGAUCAAGAGUGAGAGUGAGAAUUCUUCUUUUCCUCAAAUGAUGCUGCCGCCGCGGUGAAUGUUUUGUGGUUGUAUUUAUGCAAAUUAGGGAGUUUUAUUCCCCAUCCCACCCCGACAUCGGCUAGUUUCCCAACAUUGUGGUGACCGAAAGUGAAAGAAACAUAACACAAACGACAGCUGAGAAGAAAGAAGAGAAAAAAAAGAAGCAGAAGGGAUGCUGAGAAGAGAACGCGAGAGAUCAACGACGACGACGAUCUUGAAGUAAAAGUGAAACUCGAGUGAAGGAAUUUUCGAGUUGAGACGAAGUCGUAACAGCAGCCGCAACAACAACAAAAAGCUCAAAGAGGAGAGCGCAAAAAAGGAGCUUUUUUUGGAGUUUUGGGAAGAGAACAGGGAAUCACCUGCCUUCGAAUUUCAUCAGUGUGUGUGUGAUUACGUUCUGUCGUCCAACUCAAUGAAGUCCUCGGAAGAUGAUCAUCCGGCAUCCUGGACCGCCGAUGCCGCCCAAAAGCAGUUGUCGAACGCGCCGUCAUCGUCGACCUCCGCCGCCAGUGAUCGGUGAACGUCGCCGCUGAGGAGGACAAAGAGUCGUGUUUGCGCGAACGUGAGCUCAAAGAGUAAAGAUUGCCAUCAAGCCAAAAAGAUUUAUAAGAUUGUUUAGUUAUUAACUGCGCGCGGUUGAGCGCCAAACGAAAACGAAACUUCGUUGAAAGUGAAGCAAGCCAGAAUGUCAUCGAAGCGACGACUUGGCAGUGUGGCGAUGAAGAUCGCGCGGCAGGCGUACGUGUACGGCCUGAUCGGGCUGUUGGCCGCGUCCCAGGUGGCGCAGGCCUGCAGCAGCAACUCACAAGACUGUCAGAACAAGUCGAAACGGUCGGCGUCGCCGAUUUUGAACGACCCCGGGAAAGGUAAGGACUUUCUGAGUUUUGACAGUACGAACGCCGUUGAUGUGGACCCGGGGAAGCCGGCGAGUCGGCAACGGAGCGGGAAGGACCUGCUCGACGAGUCGUUCCAGUUCAGCAAGAACCAGGCGAUGAACUUGACGGGUCAGUCCCCGAACAAUCUGAGUGGUAGGCAGAGCGCCAACCCGGACAUUCAAGACAUCAUCACCGGGAUCGUGAAGCUGCUGAACGGUAACGUGAAUGUCCACGCGAACACGCAGCCCACGAGGAGACAUUCCGCGACGCGGAUCAACAAUCGGGGACCUCCGCGGAUCUCCGAGGCACAACCCGUGCCGAAUGAGUUUGAGGGAGAACUCACGCCACCGACUUCGGUGAAACCUCCGUACAAUUUUGAACGGCCAGACACCCCGGUACGACCAUUCCUAACUGGAGUACCGAUCCCGGAGCAGAUCGUGCCCUCGAUGCAGCAGAACUACCGGCCAGGGUUCGUGUCCCAAAAUCGGCCACCGUGGCAGCGGCCCAAACCACGACCUCCAAUAUCUCCAAAUCGGCGUCCAAUGCCACCGUACAAACCAUUCCCUACCAACGUAGACUUUGGUCGACCCGACGUCGAUCGUCCAGCGACUACGACGACCUCCAGCGAGAGCAACUCGAUCAGCGAAACCACCGAAAAGUCAUCCCCGAUGACGACGACCACCGAAAACGAACCCCACGAAACCACCACGGACACCUCGUACGAAGUCAAGGAGGAGAAACCGAUCGUCGAUCUCCCGAACCACAAGAUGACCGAGGUGCAGUACACGAUCGAAUCUGCGCCAACUGAAACUACAGUUGACCCAACCCCAACCACUUCGGAACCCUUCCACACCGAAGUCCCGAGCGUGUUCGAGAUCAACUCGAUCGAGUACCUCCCAUCGUCGACUUCGGAACCCCCAACCGCAAGUUACCCACUGGAACCGUCCACCAGUGAACCGACGACCUCCCAGGAGACCAUCACCCCAACCCCUACCAGCACGAUCUCAACCACUUCUUCGACCUCCGUCGUAGCCACCAACCAUCGACUGGAAGAACCCGUGGUAACGUCAACCCCCUCAACGACCAGCUCAUCAACACCAACUCCAGCCCUCCCAACAUCAACCACCACCAGCACCGACUACCGCUUCCACCCCCGCCCCGGUCUCGUCCUCGACGACCCCGACUUCAAACCCGGCGGUGGCGGCCCCAAACGCACCCAGAACCUGUACAUCUCCAAGCCGGAGAUCCACUCCUCAACGGGCGUCAACCUGCCCAACUACGGCGAGAUCUUCGACGUGACGCUGUCCGCCAUCCAAGGCCCGGCUGGUUCCGGCUCGCAGCAAACCGUCAAACUGAACCCCUACGGACGGCGACCCGCCCCAAUUCAAGACCCGGACGACGCCAGCAUCAUCCUCACUGCCAGCGGCAGCGAAGGCUUCGUCUCGAUCGACGGCAAGCGCUCGUACAUCGACCUGUUUGGCGACUCCAAAACCCAACCCCCGCAACCCGUGCCAACCACCACCGAGCAGAUCCAACCGACCAAGGUCCACUCCGCACCCCCGGGCAUCAUCGGAACCGGCUACGCCGUCGCCGAAACGGAGUCACCCCCUCCAAAGCCCCCACAAGCACCCCCCUCCACCGCCCAAUCCCCACCCCAACAACAACAACCCCAGCAGCACCGUCCCCCACAACUCCAUCGGCCCAAAUACCCCCCACCCCCGGUCCGGAUCGACACCUGCAUCGUUGGGGACGACUCGACCUGCGAUCAAGCCCAAAACGAACGCUGCAAAACCGAGAGCGGAGUGUCGAGUUGUCACUGCAGGCCGGGUUACGCCCGGCGCAAGCACCGCGAACCUUGUCGGAGGAUCGUCUCGUUGAUGCUGUCGAUGCGGGUGGACAAGAUCUACGAGCGGAGGAUCCAGUGGGACCAGGUGCUCGCCAACAGGGACAGUGAAAAGUACCAGCAGCUGAGCUACGAGGCGGUUAGGGCGAUGGACUCGGCUAUGUCGAUGACACCAUUUUCGGACGAGUUCAUGGAAGCCCGGGUCAACGGAAUCUACACCACGAAUCCGGCCUCGCAAGGUCUGAAGGGUGUGUUUGUGAACUACACCGUGAGUUUGGACGAAAACGCCGAAACGCUGCGGCCCCAGCUCAAGGGGGACAUUCAGCGGCACCUGCUGGGGGUCAUCCAUCGGCGGAACAACAACAUCGGCAAUUCGGCCCUGUACGUGGACAGUCCAACGGGGGCGGUGUCCAGUGUGCAGGACGUGGACGAGUGCACCUCGGACGAGCUGAACGACUGCGACAAUGAGGCCAACUGUACGAACAUGUUCGGGACGUUCCGGUGCGAGUGCGGGUUCGGGUUCCGGGAUCCGUGGGCGGACCAGCCGAUGCGAUCUGGGCGCGAGUGCCUGUCGUGUCCGGAUUCGUACUGCAACAACCGGGGAACGUGCCUGUACGACAAUGCCAACGGGGGCAAACAGGUGUGCAACUGCAUGGGCAGUUAUUAUGGGACGCAGUGCGAGAUCGACGGGGAGGUGCUGGGGGUGGCUGUGGGAGCGUCCGUGGCCGCCGUCGUCAUCAUCGUGCUGACGCUGAUCUGUUUGAUCAUGUGGAGCCGCAAGUGGCAACGCGAGCACAAGAACGCCAUGGGCAGCCCCGUGUUCGGCUACAUGGGCGGCGGCCAGGUCAAGACCCCGGUCAUGGGCCAGGCCCCGUACCAGGUGACGCUGGAAGAUCGCAUGCGGUGGGCCCAGAUUGCUGAUGUGAUGGCUCAGGCAAAUCACUAUGCGGUAAAUGCUGAACCAAUCGCUCCCCCGCGGCCAGCUUCGGCCAUGUACGGCUACCCGAAUCUCCAGCAACUGGGCAACAUGACCACGCUGAGCAUGCACGGAACAUUGCCACCGAUGCAUCACACAGGAACGCUGCCGCCGGUUCCACUGCCCAGCAGCGCUUUCUUCAACAGGGGUCUGGGCCUGAACAGGAACGGCAUGCGGACUCUGGAGAACAGCAGCUCGAGCGAGGAGGAGGACCGGGCGGACCUGCUCGGACGGAACUUUAACAACGUGCCGCGGCCGAAGAGCCGGAGCAACGCCAGUGUCACGUCCGGAAUCUACUACGACGUGGACUACGCCCCAACCGGCACCGAGCAGCAGCUGUACGGCAUCACGAGCAGCCUGGCCGGGGGCGCAACGCCGAUCCCGACCUCGAAGGCCCAGCAGAGCAACAUACCAAUGAGCACGUACACGUCCAGCGGCCGGCCCCCGGUCCAGACGACGUACUACAAGUGAGGGGAAGUGAGACAGCAAAAAGAAUAACAAGUCGCAAGUGUUCAUCAGAAGAAGAAGAAAAGUGAAAAAAUGGACUGAAUAAUUUAUUGCAAAAAAUAAGAAAGAAAAUUACUAACAAGAAUCUCACAAACGGAAAGAGAUCGAUUUCUUUACUGUCGAGAAAAAAAGGAAAAAUAAAACUAUUGUAAAAAGAAAGAUAAAACAACAAAACAUUCCUCUAAUGCGUUUUAGUUUUAUACGUUGUUGUUGUAUAAUCACUAAAAAUCAACUGAACAAAUUUCGGCAAGAAACAAAAUUAUGAGAUUUUUUUAAAGGAAAAUCAGAUGUGAAUUGAAAACUAAUGCAAAAGUGCAUCAAACAGAGUGUCAGUGUGAACAAUUAGAAGAUAUAAUUAAAAGUGAAGAAGAGAAGCAGGAAAACGUCUUAAAAGUGACAAAAGUGAAAAAGGAAGAAUAAAAAUAAAGAAUUUUCCCUGAAAUUGUAUACUAGUAGUGAACGUGCUUUUUUUCCUUAGCGAAUAGUGAUCGAACAAGAUAUUGAAGCAAGUAUUAAUAAAUAAAAGUUUAAGACUCGUGUUGAAAAUGUAAAAAA